CGUCUGGUGAUCAAUGAGAAGGGGUUGCUGUGUGAAGAACGGGAUGUCAGUCUGCCUCUCACUGAGCACAAGGAGCCUUGGUUUAUGAGGCUCAACCUAGGGGAAGAAGUGCCGGUUUUCAUCCACGGAGACACCAUUGUCAGUGACUACAACCAAAUCAUUGAUUAUAUAGAGACCAGCUUUAUCGGAGACACAGUAGCCCAGCUGAUUCCAGAUGAAGGAACUCCCAUGUAUGCAAGGGUACAUCAGUACCGAGAGCUGCUGGAUGGGCUGCCUAUGGACGCUUACACACAUGGAUGCAUCCUGCACCCUGAACUCACAACCGACUCCAUGAUCCCAAAGUACGCCACUGCUGAAAUACGUAGACAUCUGGCCAAUGCAGCAUCUGAACUGAUGAAGUUGGACCAUGAGGAACCCCAGCUGACAGAACCAUACCUCUCCAAGCAGAAAAAGCUCAUGGCGAAGAUCUUGGACCAUGACAAUGUGAACUACCUGAAAAAAAUUCUUGGUGAGUUGGCAAUGGUGCUAGACCAAGUAGAGGCAGAGCUGGAAAAAAGAAAACUGGAAUAUCAAGGUCAAACGUGUGAAUUAUGGCUUUGUGGACCUACUUUUACAUUAGCUGAUAUUUGUCUUGGAGCCACAUUACACAGGCUCAAAUUCUUGGGACUCUCAAAGAAAUACUGGGAGGACGGAAGCCGUCCGAACCUGCAGUCGUUUUUUGAGCGGGUGCAGAAGCGCUACGCUUUCCGCAAGGUGUUGGGGGACAUCCACACGACCCUGCUCUCUGCGGUUCUACCCAACGCAUUCCGAAUGGUAAAAAAGAAGCCGCCAUCCUUCUUUGGUGCAUCCUUCUUAAUGGGCUCUCUCGGGGGGAUGGGUUAUUUUGCCUAUUGGUUUUUAAAAAAGAAAUACAUGUAGUGAAUGUGCUCUUGUAGUGUUAUGUGUCUGUGUAUGAUGCUCGAACUUUCAGUAACACUGUUUUGCGAGAGCAGGAAAAACAAGACAAUAUACAGAGAUUAACACUAUUACUUACUUGGGUGAAUAAUUCAAUAAAUAUAUAAUGAGAACAUUCCAAGACUAGGAAUUCUUCUUAACAGCACCUUCUCUGGUAAUGAAUGCCUUGAUUAUUUUUUAUUAUUUUUAAGAUUUACUGGUUAUUUAUUUUAUUCAUUUUAGGCUUGCAUACAGCAUUACUAUGUUCUGUUGUUCUGUCCAGAUUAUAAACACUGCACAUUCUGCCAUUUAGGACACCUGUAGGUUAGGUCAGUUAUAUGGUACAGCACAAAGGCCAAGCCAACUUAAAGCCCAAAAUAAUGUUUCUUAUUUUUUUAUUAUCAGCAAUUGAUGGGUUUCCAAACACUUUGCAUUUCUGAUUUUUAGAAACUUAGAAUUAUUAAACCAUUCUGAAAAUUUCUCAGUAUCUAAAGAUUCACUUUUUAGUGCAGAUCACCGCUGAAACAUUGUUUAUUAGCAGAAUGCAACACAUCGCUGUUAGCAUGACAAUUUUCUGGUCUGAAACUAUUUGUUUCGGCAUUCGGUGAAGAAUCAGUGAUUGCAAACACUUUACAGGCCUACAUUUUCUGAAUAUUAUACUUUACCAAGAAUGCAAAAACCAAAAACACUGAAGAGAACAGAAUGUUCCUCAUAAAACUGCCAAUCUGAGCAUUUUCUUUCCUAUUUAAUUGUUUCUUUUUUUUUUCAUCACUAGCAAAGUCCUCAAAAGUCUACCGAGUAACUUGAUGAGUAAAGUUCUUGAAAUGGAGGUGGAAUAAAAUGUCAAUGUCAAGUUCCAGUUCUGAGCCUGAAUCUUGAUAUUCAAUAGAAUAACUUAUAAUAAAAAUCAGUUGAUCAUUUAAACUAGUAUAUCCCUUGCAUGCCACUAUUUAAUUUAAUGGGUUUAUAACCAAAGAAAAUGAUACGUUUUUCUUUCUUUGUAAGUUUUCCAGUAUUGUUAACUUGUACAUUAAACUCAACUUGACUUAGAAUAAACUGUGAGAGAACAUUAAAUGUUUGCCAUGCAGUAAACACAAGAAUAUACCUGAAUUAUAAACAUUGUAUGAGAGUUCUAUACCACCUCACACACAAGCCAUAUACAACUGUGAAGAUGCAUUAAUACUCUAUGAUUUCAUUUUAUGUACUGCUGUUACUCAUUUUCAAUACUAUAACCACAACAAAUGUAUAGUAAAAUUUCUGAGAUUAAUCUCUCGGCACGUAGAUUCUCACAUAGAAAUGUACUUAAUCUGGGAUGUUUGUUAUGAAUUGCGAUAAGUGGUGAUGCCUACUCUGAACCGGAAUGACUGGAAGUUAAAUACAUGAGAAAUAUAUUGAUGUCUGUGGUCAUUCACAAUAGAUUUUCUUAUUUUGUAAUUUUUAUUUUUAUAUUUUUAAAAUAUGCAUUUAUUUACAGUGCUUUCUAAAAUGUUUGUUCACGAGCCUUAAUUUGUUCAGUUGCCAUUGAUUUCAAUAAAAGAAAAUGCUUACAUUAACCUCUGUGUAAUGGUCUGUGUGCAGCACAAUAAUAGACUCAUUUU